AUGAGUGCACACGCCCCUCUUGUCAUUGAUUUCAGCGACUUCCUUUCGGGAGAACCAGCUCGGGUCAAACGCUGCCUGGCGCUCGUCCGUGAGGCAUGUGAGACCUCAGGCUUCUUCCAAAUCAUAAACCAUUCGAUCCCAUCAGAGCUUCAAGAAGAGAUCUUCCACCAGCAAAGGCGACUCUUCAACCUCCCACUCGAGGAGAAGAUGAAGAUCGACAAGUCGAAGAACAACUACAAUCGUGGAUAUGAGAAGAUCGGAAGCCAGCGCUUCCAGGCUGAGGAUGCCAAACCAGACUUCAAGGAGGGCUACUACUGCUCUCGCGACUUGCCCGAGGACCACCACCAGGUCCGCGCCGGCAAGUUCGCCCAUGGACCCAACCUCUGGCCGGAGUCGCUGGGCGAUUCAUUCAAGAACACCUGCAAUGAAUACCUCCGUCAAAUCACCGACCUUACCAAGGAGGUCCUGCGGGCCGUCAUCAUGUCUCUCGACAACGAUACCUCGCGGCUGGAUGAAUUCUUCACCGACCCGAUGUGCUUCUUCAAGAUGAACUACUACCCUCCUCCCGCAAACCCCAACGACCUGACGCAAAAGUCGCACGGCGCGCACCGCGACUUCGGUGUGAUCACUUUACUCCUUCAAGGCGACGUUCCUGGUCUCGAGGUCUGGGACGAGCCGACCAACCAGUGGGUCCUGGUCCCGCCGAUGAAGGACGCCUACGUUGUCAACCUCGGAAACCUGUUCUCUCAAUGGACCAACGACCGAUACAUUUCAAAUCUGCACCGGGUGAUUAACGCUUCCGGUCGCGAACGAUACUCUCUCGCAUUCUUGUUCCAUGGAAACCCGGAUUUCGUGAUCGAAUGCCGGGACUCAUGCAAGAAUAAGGAAGGCCAAACUAAGUAUGGCCCGAUCUCUGUGGAGGACCAUGUUCGCGGUCAGUACAAGGAGGUGUACAGCCGAGCGGGUGUAUACAACAUUCAGGACAGGUCUAUCAAAGCGGCAUGAAUGCCUACCUGUGGAAGG